AUGCAAGCCUGGAGGAUGUGAAUGGCGCGUUUAGGUCACUUACCGAAGACGGAAACAUCGACAGAAUCAUUGGUUUAUACGCCCGCGGUAUGCAGCAACACGAUGUCGGAGCUCAUGAUUUUCAAAAGAAGGAGGAGGAUCACUGUAACUCGAUGCGUUUCACCCUACUGACUAAUAUCCACCCAUCCCUUCGGAAAGUUGGCGUCGAGACGACCAUUACCAAGCCCUCGGGAACGCCAGGUCGAAUUGACAUGUUGGUAUCCGUUCCGUUGCAAAAGCAGCUGUUUGUUCUCGAGUGGAAGUCCAUCCAAAUCGACUACAUUAAGAUUGGAUCUGGAUCACGAUUGAAAAGGGCUGAUGUCCUCGCGGAUAUUCCCAAUGCCAGUGAGGUGUUGGAUCUGAAGUUCAGGAGUGAUAAAUUUCGAGUUGGACAGACCAUCAAGGAAUGGAUUCUGAAUGAACCGAAAGAUGGAAAGGGGCAUUCCCCUCAGCAACAGCUUCGUGACUACGCGCAGAGCCGAGAGAUCAAGAAGUGGAAAAAGGAUGGCUAUACGAUCACGUCGGUUCUUGUGGUCAUUGUUGGAUCUCGCCAUGUUCUUUUGUGGAAUCUUGCUGGCGAUAAGCUAGACGCGUCUCCGCGACUCGCCCUCGAGUGAUAUCACCGCGUGAACAACACCUUUAACAACAACAACACCACCCUGUAACAACACGUCUCUGUAUCAACAACUGCAACAACACUCUGUGACUAAACAUCAUUAACUCGGAAAGCCAAAUGCGAGAGAGAAGGAACAGUCCGCUAUGACUUUACGCGGUCUGGAGUCAAUGCCUUUCAAGAACAGAAAAAGGAAACCUUGAACUUGAAAUAAAAAAUUGCAAUAUCGCAAGAGCUGGAAAAUUUAGCGAAAGUACCAAGAAGUGAAGAACGUGGAUGCAGGAUCUGGUUAUGUUAGAGGUUGAGGAACUAACUGGUGAGAAAG